AUGUCGAAACAGAACAUAGACAAGAGUACUGAACACCUGGCAGGGGAAAAUGCAUUAUCUGAAAAGAAUCAUACUAUAGAAAGCAAUAAAAAUAAUAUUGAUAGUGAAGAGGAUGACGAAGAGGACGAGGAUUAUGAUCCCGAAAAGAAAAACGAAGCCGAAAAUGAAGGUGGCGUCUCCAGCGAUGAGGAAGAAGACAAUGAUCAAUAUAAAGAUGGAAAAACAUCCAAAAUACCCGACUAUUCUACAAUUGAGUCAAGUACAUCACAAGUUAAAACUAGAUCUCAAAGACUUCAUGAAAAACUACUGAAUCAGUCUAGAUUUAUUGGAAAUUUUGAAGUUGAUUCGAAAACAGGACUUGUCAAGGAUCAGUCGAAUAUCGAUGUUAAUUCAAUAUUUGAAAAUUUGAAAAAUGGGAGUCCUAGUAUAGACAAUCUGGAAGAACUAAAUAUUGACAGUGAAAAAACCGCAAAUAGUCAACAGCAACAGAAACAGCAGUCGAACAUAGAGGAAAAUGAACUACAGGGCCCGAAACAAAUCAAAAUUCAAAUCAAUUAUACAUUUGCUGGAAAGCUAAUAACAGAGACAAAAUAUGUUGAUGAAAACUCACAAGAAGCCAAGGCGUAUUUAAACUCGACAAGUAACAUUUCUUCUAGCAAUUCGAACGAGGAUAUCCCAUAUAGACGAUCUCAAGUCAAGGUUAUUAGGACUGACCCCGUAACUAAUGAAACGAAGGAGCUACGUAUCAAACUUAAACGACCAUCUUUGAUUGAUAGGUUUUUAUCUAUAAAUGGUAAUAGCAAAAAAAUGAAGUUGUCUACUCUAGAAAAAUCACGGUUAGAUUGGGCCAGUUUUGUUGAUAAGAGGAAUAUUAAUGAGGAAUUGAAAAUACAUAAUAAGGCUGGUUACUUGGAUAAACAGGAUUUUAUAAACAGAAUGAAUUCCAAGCGGGACGAUUUAUACUUGCAAGCUAAAGAGAAAGAAAAAAUACGAAAACAACAAUUAUUACAGAAGUGA